AAAAAACAACUAUCACUCUUCACACCCUUCACGCUAUCAACCUUUACUUUCUUCUUCACGUUCCGCGCGCCACCAUGACCAACGCCAUUUCCAACCGCUUCUUCGCCUCCCUCUCCAUUCCCCCGAACCGCUUCCUCGUCCCUCCGCUCUCACAUUUUCGCCGCUGCCACCGGUCGCGUCUCUACCGCAAACCGCUGCACGAACGCGCUUCUCGCUCGGUGACGCGCUUUUCCUCCAUUUCCUCCUCCUCCUCUUCUUAUUCUGGCAAGCCGGGGUUCGUGGGAUGGUAUCUGCGCAUGCUCGAAACUUAUCCUCUCAUCACCAAGAGCGUAACCUCGUCACUUGUGUUCGCCGCGUCUGACAUCACUUCUCAGAUCAUUACACUACCCAGUUUUUCUGCUUCGUAUGAUCUUUUAAGGACACUGCGUAUGGCAAUAUAUGGACUGUUAAUCUUGGGGCCAACACAGCACACGUGGUUUGGUUUUCUAUCUAAAAUUUUCCCGAAGACAGAUUUGGCAUCAACCUUGAAGAAAAUUUUAAUGGGGCAAUUUAUAUUAGGUCCUAUCAUCAAUGCUGUCUUCUUCUCCUAUAAUGGUGCUUUCCAAGGUGAAGGUGUUACUCAAAUUACUGCCAGGUUGAAGCGAGAUCUACUUCCUACAUUGUUAAGUGGUGCUCUGUAUUGGCCUGUAUGUGAUUUUGUGACCUUGAGAUACCUUCCAGUUCGUUUGCAGCCACUGCUGAAUAGCACCUUCACAUAUGUAUGGACAAUAUUUUUAACAUACAUGGCAAACAGAGGAUGAGGCAUGUGCUUGGUUUGUACAUACGCACAUAAAGGAUUAUCAAGCAAUUUUCGGUUGCUUAGCAAAUCUGACCAGAUACAAGAAUCUUGGUAUUUACAAAUUUCUAAAUUUUAUUUCAAUUUCCUAUUCAAUUUUUUUUAAUUCUUUAUGUAUAGAAAUAUCUUCAU